ACUCCUGCGAAAAUUUGGGCAUUUAAAAAUGUUAAGUGCACCAAAUUGGAAUGUUGAAGAAAAUAGAAAGUCACUUAUUUUUAACAUUUUGUGUGUGUGUGUGUUUAAUUUUUUUAUUGUUAUCUGUUGUUUUACAAAUAAAAUAAAUAAACUGAAUAACAUUGAAAUAUUGUCCAGUCAAUACGCGUAUUGUAUCCGGAUGGGAGGCCACCGAGGGCCAGCUGCCUCACCAGCUGUCCAUUAGAAUGAUUAACAGUACUGGCCAGGUCUUCGCCUGUGGUGCUUCUAUAAUUCAUAAUGAGUGGGCACUGACAGCUGCUCAUUGCACUGCUGGACGCAUUAAUUUCGUGAUCCGAGCUGGUACAGUGAACCUCACACGUCCAUACUACAUAUUCGAAACCUCGGAAUUCUACAAUCAUCCGCUGUACAACGAGAACCUAGCAGGGAUAGUUCAGCCCAAUGAUAUUGGUGUAUUGAAGUUUGGCAGGUGGUUGGAGUUCAAUGACCUCGUCCAACCGAUCAGGAUCCAGCGUUCAGUCGAUAAGGACAACAAUUAUGAUGGUUACCGCAUGACGGCGAGUGGUUGGGGUAACACUUGGACUAGCGGCUCUUCUCCCGAGAAUCUGAAUUGGGUAUUUCUGCGUGGAGUGACCAACUUGUUCUGCUGGCUGUCUUUCGGUGGCAGUAGCAUCAUUCAGCCGUCUACUAUAUGCGCGAGUGGCUAUAAUGAUACGACUCAGUCUACUUGCCAGGGCGACAGUGGUGGUCCUCUGACAGUGAUUGAUCAAGACGGUAAGCCCACACUUGUCGGUGUCACCUCGUUCGUGUCUAAUCAAGGUUGCCACGUCGACCUGCCUGCUGGUUUCUGCCGUGGUGGAUUCUACCAUUCAUGGUACACAGAGGUUACAGGCAUCAAUUUCGAUUGGGAUUUCGAAGAACCAAAGACUGAAAUGCCCAUAGAUACUGAACGACCGACUAUUAUCUAAAAUCUCAAAAAGCCUGAGCGACCAACUACGAUCGACCAUCCUGAGCAACUUAUAAUAACUAAACUAAUAAUAUUGUAUAAUAAUGAUGUAGCAACUAUUUUGCCAAUCCAGAGAUAAUGUUAUCAUUCGUCAUUCAUUCAUAAAAUGAUAUUGUUAUGGUUUUAUAUUUUUU